AUGUCUACAGCCAACUCAUCUCUCCCAGAAGUCAUCUCUAACGGGUCCAUCAAAUAUGAAGAACUCCGAACCCGAUUCUUCAACAGCCGUAUACCAGACACCAAACCAGCGGAAAUCUACUGUCCCAAAACAACCCCCGAAGUGGCCGCAAUCAUCCAGCAAGCAAAGAAAAGAAGAUUGAAAGUGGGUGUCAGAUCAGGAGGUCUUCUCUUCCCUUGCACCUCUUUAAUCCCAGACGGAGUUUUGGCCGACACUCUCCACCUCAAUGCUGGAAUCGAGUAUGACUCCCAGACACAACUUGUCUCGUUUCCCCCAGCAGCUCGCUCGAAGGAUCUCGCGGACGCGUUGAUCCCUCUCGGCCGGUUCUUCCCAUUUGGACACUCACCCACAGUCGCGGCUGGUGGGUUCUGUCUUGCCGGUGGCCAGGGGUGGUUCAUGCGUGGCUGGGGCUUCGUGACGCCAAAUGGAGAAGUGAUUCGAGCGAGCAAGACAGAGAACCCGGAUGUUUUCUGGGCUGCCCGAGGAAGCGGACAGUGUUUCUUUGGAGUUGUGACGAGGUUUUGGGGGAAGACGAUUCCUGCGCGCAGGUUGUUUGAGAGGGUGCGUGUGUUUGACUGUACGGAUUCUUUUGCAGAAGUUGUCCACUGGGUUUUUGAUGUUAAUGACCGCACACAGAAGGAGGGUGUUGAGAUUGCGGCGGCUACGUUUCGGCCAGAUAAAGAGGUGGAAAGGCUUGGUGAUGAAGUUGGCGAUACGAGGAUAUUUAUGGGGGUGAGUUCAUUGGCUUUUACGGAUAGUAUCGAUGAGGCUAGGCGGAUUCUGAAUGCGAGCGAAGAUGUUCCAGAGGGAUUACAGAAAAGCCUCGUGGUUACAAUUCCCCUCGAGGAGAAAAGCUGGGACCAGCUAUUCGAAGCCCAAGACAGGUUCACUCCAGCAGGGAACGGGGAGAGAUGGCAAUGCGACAGCAUCCUGAACAAUCCUGAUAUUCCUCGUAGUCAGUUAAUCGAAGCCAUUCAACCCGCCCUCUGCGAUCUCCCCUCUCGUCGCUCUGUCGGAUGCAUCUAUAUCGGAGACUACACUCCUGAUGAAAAGGAUCAAGCCAUCAGUCUUCCGCAUCAGUAUUGCAUCUCCACCAUGACGUGCUGGAAAGAUCCUACAUGGGAUGAACGGAUGCGUCGAUGGAUGUACGAGGUGUAUAGCAGGGCAGCACCGGUGUCGUGUGGACAGUAUAUCGCUGACUUGGAUGCGAAGCAGCGGAUGACUCCGGUCAUGAGUGAAAAUGCCCUCGACAGAUUUUUGAAGAUUCGUCAGAAGUGGGAUUCGGAGGAUAUGUUUACGACUAGAAUCUGGGCACCAUGA